UAGAAAGUGAAAUUUGAAGUCCUACCGAAUUCCAUUAAAAUGUCAAAUAGUAACAACAUAGUUAACCCACCCUGCUACUAACUCCUCCGCAUGCUUCAGCUUUUACCAAUUCCUUGUGUAUCUCUUUAAUGGUUACAUAGAAGAAACAAAAAAUGUUGGGGGACUGGGCAGGAGGAUGUUGGGGAGCGGCAGCAAGGCAGAAUUAUAGCAUUUCGCUGAGAUACCACUGGAAUAAGGCACUGUCUGAAUCGGCCAAAAAUCAUGCUGAGAAUUUCAGUAAUGAAAAUACAGGGAAAAAACAGUGGAGAUUUCCCCUCAAGGCAGCCACAACUUCAGGCUCUCUCGUGCUAAUAGGAGAUACCAUUGCACAGGUUAGAGGACGAUGGCUUUCUGGCAAAAACUCCCCUGAAGAAGGCCAAAAUAAGGGUAUUCUGCAGAAGACCUUGUAUGCUCAUGACUGGCUAAGGGCAUUGAGAAUGACAUCCUAUGGUUUUCUAUUGUAUGGCCCAGGUACUCAGGCAUGGUAUGAGUUUCUUGACAGAGUAUUUGUAGGGCAGUCUCUCAGAAACCUUUCUAUAAAGGUGGCUUUGAAUCAGAUUGUUGUGGGUCCCUGUGUAGUAGGAGUUAUUUUUGCAUGGAAUAGUCUGUGGCUAAGAAAGCUUAAAGAGCUUCCCACACUAUACCAGAAGGAAGGGAUCCCCACUCUUAUUGCAGGCUGGAAAUUCUGGGUUCCAAUUACAGUUUUAAAUUUUUGGGUUGUACCUCUACACACUAGAGUAGCAUUCAUGUCCACUUGCUCGAUUUUUUGGAAUUUCUACUUAUCAACUGCCAUGGGUAAAUCCUGAAAUACGACUCCCUGGCUAUCGAGCCCAAGAUAUCAAGGCCAACUCUUGUGCUCUUCAACCAAUAAUUUGGCUCUGCAGUCAUUAAUCUAACUCUUGUAAUUUAGGUUCACCAUUAAGCUGCAACUUCGGCAAGUGCAGAGAAUUAUUGUCUUAACAUUAAAGUGAUCAAGUUCGGCUUUGUUUUAUUGAUGCAGAAAGUGUAACUCAAAUAUUUGAGAAAUCAAUGAUAUUUUAGCUUUCAUUUUCUUCA